CUCUGUAUCUUCAUUUCCUUUUCUUCCUCGAAAUUUCCUUCUCCAUCUAUGCCCUUGAGCCUGAGAGAGGAAACAGAGUAACCAACCCGUAAUAGUUGCAGAAAGAUGGAGAACAGUCAGCAGUCGUUUUGGCAGUUCAGCGAUCAGCUCCGGUUGCAAUCGACCAACUUGGCUAAUUUGUCGAUCAACGAUAGCAUAUGGGGAAACUCGUUCACGACCAAGAGGCCUGAAGAAAGGAAGAAUUUUGAUAUCAGGGUAGGAGGUGAUCGGGUUUCUUCCAUCAACAACAAUCUUAAACCGAAUGGAUCGAAUUUAAAUGGUUUCAACGAUGACUGGAAGACCGGAAGAGGAUCGAACUUCAAUGGGUUCAACAACGGUUGGAAGAUCGGGAAUGGUCUCGAUGGAGUUCUUGGUGGAGGAGGAGUUCCGAAGAACGUUGGUGUUAAUGGAAUCUUCGAUAAGGGUAUCUAUCCAAAACAACCCAUCCUAGACGGCAAGAACAACAGUAACAAUAGCAAGUUCAACAUCAACCCCAACAAUAACAGCAGCAACAAGGGGAAGGGCAACAAGGAUGAAGAUCACGAGGGUAACAAAGGCGGAAAAAAGAGUAACAACAACAACAAUAAUAGUAGUAGCAGCAAGAACAGUGCUGACAAGAGAUUUAAGACGCUUCCAGCAUCAGAGGCUCUCCCUCGUGACGAGACUAUUGGUGGUUAUAUCUUUGUCUGCAACAACGAGACCAUGCAGGAGAAUCUUCAAAGGCUCCUCUUUGGUCUUCCUCCGCGGUACCGAGAUUCUGUGAGAGCUAUCACUCCUGGAUUGCCCCUUUUCCUGUACAACUACUCUACCCACCAACUCCAUGGAAUUUUCUCGGCUGCUAGUUUUGGGGGAACUAAUAUCGAUCCAACGGCUUGGGAGGACAAGAAGUGUCCUGGUGAAUCUCGUUUCCCAGCUCAGGUACGAGUUGUUGCAAAAAAGAAUUGUGAACCAUUAGAGGAAGACGCUUUCAGACCUAUCCUUCACCACUAUGACGGCCCCAAGUUCCGCUUAGAACUCAACAUUCCUGAGGCACUCGCACUCUUGGAUAUUUUUGCAGAGAGCAACCCUUAACGACGAGGCCAACAGACAGCUUUCUUACCUAUGGAGAUUACUUAAAAUAUAU